AGCAUGUGGGAGGCCGACGCCUGGCCUGGCGCCUCUCCGCUGCUGGACAGGCGCGCGCCCGAUGCCACGAUACCCUACCACUGUCCCUCGUACAAGCUCCCAGCCCACGGAACCAUUGAAAUCUCGCCCGGCAACCACAUCACCCUCGACGCGAGCGCCGUCUUCCGCCCACUAUGCACCGACUCAGCCGGCAAUCCCACCAAUGCCGACGACGGCUCCGGCGGCGUCACGAGCGUCGCCGACAUGCGGGACCCCUUCCACGCCUCCAUCACGCCCCAGGCCUACGCGACGGGCGCCGCGACCGUCAUCUCGUGGAUGCUCGUCAUCAUGCUCAUCAUCACACCACGCACCUUCUUCGUUGGCAACGCCUCGGGCCGCUCAGGCCUCAUGGGCCGCCGCGGCAUGAUCAGCGGCGCUUCCGGAGGCGGUUCCAUCAUCGGCGUGGGCACCCGCCCAUGGCUGCAAAAGGUUGCCGCCCUGACCGUCGCCAUAUCGCUCACCCUCGCCACCGCAGACACCUUCAGGAUUGCCAAGAGACAGUAUGAGGAGGGUUUCAUCGACGCCAUGGAACUUCGCGACGAGGUCGUUGCCGGCAUGGAGAUCAAGGUUUCGCGCGUCGUAUCCGACAUCUUCCUGUGGCUCGCCCAAGUGCAGACGCUCAUACGUCUGUUUCCGCGUCACAAAGAAAAAGUUAUUAUCAAAUGGGUCGGAUUCGCCCUCAUUCUACUCGACAUACUAUUCAGCUGCCUCAACAGUUUCGGUCCCUACGAGAAUUCACGUCGCCCCGCACAUUUCGACACCGCCAUCCCCGCCCUAAGUUACCUGUUUCAGCUGUCACUCAGCAUGCUCUAUGCCGCCUGGGUCAUGUACUACGCCAUUACCAAGCGACGCUAUGCCUUUUACCACUCGAUGAUGUGGAACAUGAGUGUCAUCUCCCUGCUGUCCAUUGUCGCCAUCCUGACCCCCGUCGUCUUCUUCAUUACGGAUAUUGCAAACUACACCAUUGCCGGAUGGGGAGACUACUUCCGCUGGGUGGGCGCCGCCGCUGCAAGUGUUAUUGUUUGGGAGUGGGUGGAGCGAAUUGAGGCUUUGGAAAGAGAGGAGAGAAAAGAUGGAAUUUUGGGGAGGGAAAUUUACGAUGGAGACGACAUGCUGGACAGCUGCACAUCCAGUUCCAGCUGGCCUUCGAAACUGAAAGGCCAACAAUCAGACAACGAAAAACACAACAGCCGUGGCGGAGACGGAGGAGGUGGCAUCAGUGUGUUCGCCUCAGCCCAUGCCGCGCGGCUCAGCAGUCUCGCCCAGCGAAUGGGGCGAAAGCCGGCCGAUUCGGCACGAGCAGAAGCACGCAAGAAGCGUACUAUUCACAUUCCCGCCCCGCCUCAGGCUGUGCGGCGGUCGGCAUCGGCGACACGCGGUGACCGCAGCUCGCGCUCGUACAUUCGCGUGCAGACGCCACCUCCCGUACCUGUCAUCGCAUCGCCUGUGAGCCGGACAGACACGACUAGCGCCGACUCGACAGUGUACACAGUACGCUAUCAUCCGAUCAGCGAAACCCCACCAAUUCCCCAACCCGGCGCACCUACCCAUGUGCAGCCAGAAACGCGCGAGGCGCAAUCACAGCCAGAAGCACAGACACUACCGCAAGAGUCGCACCGUCAACCCAGCUACCCCGAGGAUCCCGAAAAAGGCGCCGAAGUGGAGGGCGUCACGAGCCGAAGCAAAUGGCAGUGGCAAGCACUAGGCAACACGUUCCGCCGAAAAGGACGCACGCCGCCGCGAGAGCUGCAGAGAGGACAGGUGAUUGAGCCGCUGGGCGUGGAGGAUGUUGCUGCCAACAUACCGCCUCGCACCUACAACGGGCUGGCCCUGGGCGAUCGCCUGGGCACCUUUGCAGCGCAGCAAAGCGAGAGGCUACGGUCCAAGAAGAAGACGAGCGCACAGGUUGAGGCGGCACUGCCGGUGACGAUUAUUCCGGCCCAGCCUCGCGGACAGACGUGGUCUCCAGACAUUAUUCGCCAGCAGCAAGAAGAAGCGCUGCAAGAAGAAGCAUAUGCGUUGCAGGCCGGGCGGGCAGCGACGACGGUGUCGGGAGACCAAGUGUCACGGUCGUCGCCGUUGGGCUCUGGCCGGACGACUGAUUGGAGCGAAGUAGUGCACCCGUCGGCCACGCCCCAGCCGCAGCAGAAGCCGCGCAUCCGCUACUCGCCUGCAGUGUCGCCGGAGCAGCAGCAAAACGGUGGCAGCAUACUCGGCACGGAGAUGCGACGGUCGCCGCUUGCAGCCUCGUCGUCGCCGCCACCCGCAGACGAGACGACGUCGACUGUGGACUUUAGCACGUCUCCGCAGCAGACACGGACGGACCACGACCGGUAGCGCUUCAGGCUUUGAUGUUCUCUUGCAUGUUUGUGAUUAUAUUUUUCAUGUUGAUGGCUAGCACGUAUAUACCCCUCGAUAUUGACCGGCGCAUUAGUGGCAGGACCUUGGGGACUGUGGGCAGCCAUGCAGGCGCCCUGGGAUUAGCAUGGAACGGCGCAGUUGGCACUUUGAUCAAAAAAAGGAAUCUCUGGUGUUUGUUACAGGGGAACUGGAUACCCGCCGGCCUUGCAAGGUCAGGCUUUUUGUUUUGUUUUUUUGUUUUGUUUUUGGGAGGAACGGCGCACGUAUGGCCAAGCAUGUAUGUGUAGCAGUAGCAGUAGCAGUAGCAGUAGUAGUAGUAGCAGUAGUAGCAGGA